ACUGGAGCUGCAGUCCCCCCCUCUCAUACUUUCGCACUCUGACAGAGCUCACACUUAACGCAUCUCUGGUGAAUUCAGACUGCUUAGUCACACUCUAAACAAAUUGGAUUUAUUUGACUUUUUAUUAUAUUAUCUUCUUGAUUCCUCUGUUGGAUCGCAGCCUCCCCUCGAUUUGUAGUGAAGGACCCGGCGGAGGAAGACUAGUAUCUGAUUCUUGGUUGGCCCUCACUGGCCGACACGGCCUCAGGAGGGGUACUUGGUGCUGACCCGCCAUGUUUCUUGUGUUGCUCGUGACGCCAGAACUCGCGGGGUUCCUGGCCAGAGCUAGAGGAGGAUCGCUGCGCCUAAUCAAGGUGUGCAUCCACGAAGAGCAGUUGGUGCUGGGGGCAUACAGGGAGGUUGAGAAGAGCUGGGACCAGGACUAUGACCGUGUCCUGCUGCCUCUGCUGGAUGAGCAGGACCCCUGCUACAUCCUGUAUCGCCUGGACACUCAGAACGCCCAGGGCUAUGAGUGGAUCUUCAUAUCCUGGUCUCCAGACCAGUCUCCGGUGAGACAGAAGAUGCUCUACGCAGCCACGCGUGCCACCGUGAAGAAAGAGUUUGGCGGCGGCCACGUGAAGGAUGAGUUGUUCGGCACGGUUGAGGAGGACAUCUGUCUGCUGGGCUACCAGCGUCACGUGUCGUCGCUCUCUGCGCCCGCCCCGCUCACACAGGCUGAGCAAGAGCUGCGGCGGAUCAAGCUCACAGAGGGCAGGGUUAAACAGGUGAAGGUAGAGAUCAGCGUAGAGAGCAAGCACCAGACCCUACAGGGAAUCGCUUUCCCACUUCAGGCAACAGCCAGGAGAGCCCUUCAACAACUGGCUCAGAAACGCAUCAACUAUAUCCAACUGAGGUUGGAUGUGGAGAAAGAAACGAUUGAGCUGGUCCACGCCAACCCAACAGACACCCGGGACCUUCCCGGAAGGGUGCCCACCGACACGCCCAGAUACCACUUCUUCCUCUACAAACACUCCCAUGAGGGAGACUACCUGGAAUCUGUCGUGUUUAUCUACUCCAUGCCUGGGUCCAGCUGUAGAAUCAAGGAGAGGAUGUUGUACUCCAGCUGCAAGAGCCGACUUCUAGAAGACGUUGCUAAAGAUUACCAUUUAGAAGUGGCUAAAAAGCUGGAGAUUGAAAAUGGAGACGAGCUAACAGAAGACUUCCUCUACGAAGAAGUCCAUCCCAAGCAGCAUGCACACAAGCAGGCCUUCGCUAAGCCCAAGGGUCCGGCGGGGAAGAGGGGACACAAACGCCUCAUCCGCGCAACAGGAGAGAGGAAGCAGGAGAGCUAGAGAGAACGUUUGAGCUCAAACCCGUUUCACAGUCCUCCAUGUUAUCAUAUCUUGUGACCCAUUUUGUAGGGUUAAGCAGGGGGCAUGUAAAAGGAUAGGUUUUUUCCAUUUGUAAAUUGUCCACACCCAUGGCAAAGGAUUGCCCUUCAUGAGUUGCAUUAGAGGCAAACACAGAUCUUAUGACUGUUAGCCAUUUCAUGUCACCUCUAAAGUGAUCAUACAUCCAAUCCUUUUACCCCCGUUAAUGUGAAGUAUGGUUAUUCUAAUGUCCAUCAGUUUCUUUGAUUUGUUUGUCUUGUUUUGUACCAUAUAUUGCCCCUGUCCUCUAACUGGAUUGAAAACAAAUAGUUCAGUUCUCUUGUCUUCCCUCCAGUCCAACUUUUGUAUCAUCCAAGUUUAUUAUAAAAAAACGAAUGAUUCAAAAUAAAAAAUCUUGUUUGUACCCAA